CGGGUCACCAGGCAUCAAGUCAUUUGGCUUGACAGCGAGCACCGCGUCAUCUGGCAAGGCAGUGGGUUCCGAGUCAACUGGCAUGAUCGCGGGCACUGGGGCAGACAUUGAAUCGUCUGGCUGGACAGCGGGCAUCGGGUCACCAGGCAUCAGGUCAUUUGGCUCGACAGCGGGCACCGCGUCAUCUGGCAAGGCAGUGGGCUCCGAGUCAACAGGCACGACAGUGGGCACCGGGUCAUCAGGUACCGGAUUGUCUGGCUCGACAGCAGGCAUCGGGUCACCAGGUAUGACAGCGGCCACUGGGUCACCAGGCAUCAGGUCAUUUGGCUUGCCAGCGGGCACCGCGUCAUCUGGCAAGGCAGUGGGCACCGGGUCACCAGGCAUUGGAUCGUCUGGCUCGACAGCGGGCAUCGGGUCACCAGCGGGCACCGCGUCAUCUGGCAAGGCAGUGGGCACCGAGUCACCAGGUACGACAGCGGGCUCUGAGUCAAUUGGCACGACAGCGGGCACCGGAUCAUCUGGAUCAACAGCGGGCAUCGAGUCAACUGGCCUAAUUGGAUCGUCAGGCUGGAUCAGUUCAUCAUGCUGGGUAGAGGCAUCAGGCCGAGUAGAGGCAUCAGGCCGAGUAGAGGCAUCAGGCCGAGUAGAGGCUUCAGGCCGAGUAGAGGCAUCAGGCCGAGUAGAGGCUUCAGGCCGAGUAGAGGCUUCAGGUCGAGUAGAGGCAUCAGGCUGCAUACAGGCAUCAGGCUGAAGAGAGGCAUCAGGCUGCGUACCGGCAUCAGGCCGAGUAGUAGGCUUCAGGCUGAGUAGAGGCUUCAGGCUGAACCACGGAAGGCAGGCUCACCGAUUUGGAUACUGGCAGGAUGCACUGCAAGUAAACGCAGGUCUGCAAACGAAUGGAGCAGCUGGAGACAGAGAAGAACUGGAGGAUGGAACAGGAGAGGGAGCAGUUGCUACAGAGGGCUUUUUUACAGGGUUAAAGGCAGGAUAGGUGCAGCGAAUGGGAACAGGGUACUGACAUGCGGUAGAUAGCCAAGUAUACUGGGCUGUAACUGGAGGAGCUGUUGGGAAUACAGGAGUAGAGUUAGAAGCAGGACUGGGU